AUGGGAAGUUUGAAGCUAGAGCUAGUAGAUAAUCCUGGAACUUGUGAAGAAUGCUUACGAAGAGAAGACAGAGUUGGAGAGUUGGGUCAAACAACGGUCCAACACGUCUCCAAGUGGGUUGAGGCUCAAGCUUUACCUACGAAUGAUGCCCGAGUGGUGGUGAGAUUCCUUAAAAAGUUAUUCACGCGUUUAGGUACACCAAAAGCCAUCAUAAGUGACUGUGGAACUCACUUUUGCAAUACCGUGAUGGAGAAGGCAUUUGAACGCUACGGAGUCACCCAUCGUUUGUCUACCGCAUACCACCCUCAAACAAGCAGUCAAUUCGAAAAUGCAAAUCGAGUGGUGAAAAGGAUCUUAGAGAUAACGGUAGGAAAAAUUAGGAAGGAAUGGUCGGAUAAGCUUGAUGACGCGUUGUGGGCAUUUCGUACCUCCUACAAAACACCUUUAGGUACCACUCCUUUCAUGAUCGUCUAUGGCAAAGCAUGCCAUCUUCCUGUGGAAUUAGAGCACCGAGCGCUUUAG